AGUAGCGGCGCUGUCUAGCUGGCUGGCUUGUCCUAGCUGAGCAAGCGCAGCCGAACCCAACCCACAGCUCUUCCAGGCGGGAAGGCUCCCCCCGACUCUGUAACCCCCAGCCGCACCCCGCUCGGCCCGCGGGCAUCUGCUGCGUGUCCCACCCGGGGCGCCCGCGCAGCCUCGAUGUUCCAGCUGCCCAUUUUGAAUUUCAGCCCCCAGCAAGUAGCCGGGGUAUGUGAGACCCUGGAGGAAAGCGGCGACGUGGAGCGCCUAGGUCGCUUCCUAUGGUCGCUGCCCGUGGCCCCAGCAGCUUGUGAAGCCCUUAACAAGAAUGAGUCGGUGCUGCGAGCGAGAGCCAUCGUGGCUUUCCACGGUGGCAACUACCGCGAGCUUUACCAUAUCCUGGAAAAUCAUAAGUUUACUAAGGAAUCGCACGCCAAGCUGCAGGCGCUGUGGCUCGAAGCGCAUUACCAGGAGGCAGAGAAGCUGCGUGGACGGCCCCUAGGGCCAGUAGACAAGUACCGAGUAAGGAAGAAGUUCCCGCUGCCGCGGACCAUUUGGGAUGGCGAACAGAAGACUCACUGCUUCAAGGAGCGCACGCGGCACCUGCUUCGAGAGUGGUACCUUCAGGACCCAUAUCCCAACCCCAGCAAAAAGCGAGAGCUCGCCCAGGCAACCGGACUGACCCCCACACAGGUGGGCAACUGGUUCAAAAACCGCAGACAAAGAGACCGGGCAGCUGCAGCCAAAAACAGACUCCAGCAGCAGGUUCUGUCGCAGGGCCCCGGGCGGGUGCUACGCUCGGAGGGUGAGGAGGGAACGCCUGAGGUGUUGGGCGUCGCCUCCAGCCCGGCUGCCAGUCUGUCGAGCAAGGCGGCCACUUCGGCCAUCUCCAUCACAUCCAGCGACAGCGAGUGCGACAUCUGAGCUGCCCACUCAUCACACUUAGAAUCCAGUGUAAAAAUGAGAUACACAAAAUUAAAAAAAAAAAAAAAAAAGAGGACUAGACCAGCAAAUACGGCGCUGGCAGAAGCCCCGUGGCCAGGGACCCGCGGGCCUAAAGGCUCUAGUAGCGAGUAUCCACCGCGACUCUGGGGCAUGCGGUGAGGCCUGACCCAACGCCACUUCUCUUCGCAUUGCUUUUCCUGAAGGAUCUGGCUGCAAAGACUCCUUUGGAACAGAACUGCACUCUGAGAGCCUGCCCUUGAGUCUCCUGUGGGUAUUUCACGUCGAAAGGACGCUGUUAUAUAUGUAUAACUUUUGCUUUGAAGGUUUCUUUUUUAAAAAACAAAACAAAACAUAUAUAUGCUGUUUAUUUACUUAUUUAAAAGAAUUCCAUGAUAGGUUUCUCUGUAGCUUGGGGAACUUGCUGUUUUGAAUGAGCAAGCUCAUGCGUUCUGUGUGAAGAAGCCAAAUAAUAAAACAACUUGGUGGAUAACCUUUCUUAA